AUGCACGGCUCGACUCCGGGAGGGAGAACGACGCGAGGAGGGGUCGAUCCGUCGUUGAUCAUGGAAGGAUCGCGCAAGCGCAGUCGCGUGCUUCCAAGUCCCGAGCCUCAGUCCCAGGCAAGUCUCUUGUACCUUUGUCGUGUUGGUGUGUGUACGUGUUUCUGUGCAUUCGACCUUUGCACAGCUCUGGUGAUCAAGCCGAGUGGCCGAGGCGUGACACGGCGGUUGUUUGUCGGCCUCACCCCCACCCCACACACGAGCUCACGCGUUAGAGGCCCGAACCCCUUUCCCGCGCUGCGUCCGACCCGGAUGGUCUCCUGCAGCAAUGGGCUUAUAAAACUCCCUCUAUGACGACAGACCCGAUCGCGAUGGUCCUCUGGAUGGGCUUAUACCGUUGCGAACGAACCCUCCGAGUUCCUCGACGUCAGGAAACGAGGCCUGGCCCUCUACGACAAGAUCUGCAGUCACCAUGACCCGUAUCAGUCAGUCGACUGCACAUUGCAGAAAGAGCUUUGUUUCGCCUAUACUCAUCCCAAGUUGAACCUCCCAGACCGACUCGACCGAUCCACCUCGAUUUCAUGCGCUUGCCUUCCCGAACGGACUACCCCGACUAUUACGAAAUCAUCAAAAAGCCGAUCGACCUUACCAUCAUCAAGGACAGGCUCGAGAAGCGUCGGUCGCUCUGCGUAUUGUUCUCGACCGUAUUGAACUGUAGCUGACCAACCUCUGCUAUUGCCUCCCCACCCAGUCGAGUACCGAUCCGUUCUCGAGAUCAAGGACGAUUUCAACCAGUUGUUCGUCAACGCCAAGAGGUACAACGCUCCAGGAUCGAGCAUUUUUCUCGACGCAAGGGCACUCCAUGUCAGUAUUCUACAUCCUCGAGACUUGUUCAUACCUGCCGAGUAGUCUUCAAUAAUAUACCCUUUUCGUCACCCCCCCACAGAGAGUACUCAAGGACGCGUUCGCGAGCUGGACGGGUGAAGCCAUGCCUACCGAUGACGACGAUGCCGAUGGCGACAAAACAUCGGAACCACACAACAUCUCAUCCAACUCAUACCGACCCUCACCCCUCGCUUCCUCAUCCUCGACACCAUCGGGUGCCGGUGGGGCUCGACGAGGUCCGACCUUGCGCCCCUGGCUCAAACGCAAAUUCGACGAACUGAUCGGAGACGUCGAUCCGCUCGGUCGUCGUUACGCCGAUUCCUUCUGGACCCUUCCCGAUCGAAAAGAAUGGGUCGACUAUUACAAACUCGUCGCUUCGCCCAUCGCCUUUGAGCAAAUUCGUCACAAGAUCGAGAAACGCAUCUACACCAACGUCGCGGCUUUCAUCCACGACGUCGACUUGUUGGUAAACAAUGCGCUUAUUUCCAAUGAGGAGGGCUCGAGCAUUUGGAAGGACGCCAAGUACUUGCAGUUGAAGUUCUUGGAGGUGAUGAAGGAACAACCGCCCGAAUUCGUACCGCCCCGAACGUACAACACCCAAAAGAGGCGGAAAGAGGCCGAGUUGAGGGCCAAGGGGUUGUCGCAUUCGUCAUCGUCGACGUCAAUCAAUGGGUUCAAAGAUGGGAGGGGCAGGGGCAUGAGCGCGGGUCAAGGUGUGAGUGGGAGCGAGCCGCCCGAAGGGAUCGAGGAUGAUGCGCCAAGCGAAGAUGAUGAUCGGGAUGAGGAGGGAGAUCGGGCCUUACCUCCAGGGGAGGGGAUGACCCCGAUUCACUAUGGUCGACCACCUGGACCCUUACCCGUUCCGAUGCCCACGUCGGUAUCUCUACCUUCGGCAGCUCCGUAUCCCGCCGCGCCGGCGCCUGCAAGUGCAGGAUCACCGUUUCCCAGCGCUGCAGUGUCCGUAGAGUCACCCGCAGCGAUGGUCAACUCGGCUUUCGGGUCACCAAUGCCCUUCAACGGGAAUGGCGUCCUGCCCGCCCUUCCGGUCGUGAUGAGUGGUGUUUCGGUUUUUUCGGUCGUGCCGACCUCGGGAAGUUCGGUCGAUCGAAUGGUAGCGAAAGUGAACGGGUCGGAGAAGAGCUCUCGUGAGUGUUUACUCACCAUUGACAAUAACGCGGCAUAAUCUGAGUGUUUUCUCUCUCUUUUAUAUAUAUACAGCGCUCUCGUAUCUCUUGCUCCGACCCCUCAACUCGACCAACCCAGCGGGAACCUCUUCCACUGCCAAUACCCCCUCCAUUCAACCUUUGCUCCUGCUCCCAACCUUGACAGUCCGCCAGCACUUCUUACCCCUCCCUAUCGAUACGGAACGCGUCGAGAUCACACCCGUGCUCUCCUGCGACAGUUCGGGCAACGUACCGAUGCGAGUCUUUGUCCGAGGAACGGGGACUGAAUUACGCUGCGAGGAGAUUCCUAUGACACCGACGGCAAACACAAAGGGGAACAAAGCUGGCUCUGCUAUACCAGGUGCUUCAGCGACGGAAGGGAGAAGGAGCUGGAAUAUAGUACUAGGUCCUCGGAUCGCGGAAGCUUAUGGAGUCGGCAUCGGGGUCGUGGAAGUUGUAGUGGGUGGUGAUGGGGAGGGUAAGAAGGGGGACGGGGAGGUGUAUAGGUGUUUUUUGAGGAGGUGA